CAAAAAUUAUUUUCACAACUAUGGCAAAGUUGAUCUAUCAAUUCUACCAAAAUCAUGUUCCUCUCUUCCUCAUCAUUUUCCUCCUCUUCAAUUCCCUCUCUUUGGCCGUCUCGAAAUCCGAGGAAGAGGCCUCGGAAUGUGCUUCCGUGACCACUAGCCAAUGUCACGAUAAGUUCAAGGCUAAUAAGCUUAAUUUCAUUGCGAUAUUAACCAUACUAGUGUCUAGCAUGAUUGGAGUAUCCUUACCCUUAUUUUCUAAGGCCGUGCCCGCCUUACGCCCCGAUAAGGACCUAUUCAUCCUCGUUCGAUCCUUCGCCUCCGGCGUCAUUUUAGCCACCGGAUUCAUGCAUGUUAUGCCUGAUUCAUGGAAUGACCUAACCUCGCCGUGUUUGCCUGAAAACCCUUGGAAGGUUUUCCCAUUUACGCCGUUUAUUACUAUGAUUUCGGCUUAUGGAACAAUGAUGAUGGACUCAUUUUCUACUUCUUUUUAUGAAAAGAAGUGUAAAUCUAAACCACAAAAUGAAAAUGUAAAUGAAAAUAUUGACAAAGAUGUUGGAGAUAAUGUUGAGAAUAAGAAUGAAUUAGGUUUAGGUGAGAAUCAUGGUGGGCAUGGUCAGAUUGUACAAAUGAUGAUUGAUAGUGAAGGUUCAAGAUUAUUGAAGGACCGUGUUAUAGCUCAGGUUUUGGAAUUCGGAAUUGUAGUUCACUCAGUGGUAAUUGGUCUGUCAAUGGGAUCUUCAGAUAAUGUUUGCACAAUUAGGCCACUUAUAACCGCCAUCUGCUUCCAUCAACUCUUUGAAGGAAUGGGCCUUGGUGGUUGCAUUUUACAGGCUAAGUAUGGUUUGAAGAUAAAAGCAAUAAUGGUGUUCUUCUUCUCCGUAACAACACCAUUUGGGAUCAUCCUAGGGAUCCUUUUGCAAAAUGUGUACCAGGAGAAUAGUCCAACAGCUUUGAUCGUCGUCGGAAUCCUCAACGGGGUGUCUGCCGGACUGCUUAUCUACAUGGCUUUGGUAGACUUGCUAUCUUCUGAUUUUAAGGGGCCAAAACUUCAAGGAAAUCUGAAGCUUCAAAUAUGUUGUUAUGUAGCAGCUUUGCUAGGAACUGGUCUUAUGUCUCUUAUGGCUAAAUGGGCGUAA